AUGUCAGGACAUCACCGCAUCACUCUCGCUGCCAACCCCCCCUACUUCGAUGGCGACAAGUCCAAAUACCUGGGCUUUGUGGACGCGUGCACCACUUACAUCGGUGCCUAUCGGUCAGAGUUCUCGCUGGACGAGACGAAAAUCCUCUUCGUCCUGUCCUACCUCCGCAAUGAGAGCGGCACAAGCUGCGCCGCCUCAAGAUGGGCGAUGAACUGGAAGCAGCACAAUUUCGAGGGCUUCCAAGGACUAAAGGCGGGAGUCACCGCGACAAGCUUCUUGGAGGAGCUUCAGAGGGCCUUUGGGGAUUCUAACGCAGAGCAAGUCGCUGCCGCCCGACUCAUGGCCCUUCGCCAGGGCAGACGGUCCUUCGCGGACUACAUCUCUGACUUCGAAAUGCUGGCUGCGGACGCGGGGUACAACGUGGUCGCCUCAACCGAUGACAAGGGCGAGUACAAGAAGGGGGAUCAGGACAACAUCCUCAUCGAGUUCCUCGAGCGCGGACUCAGCAGCGAAAUUGCAAGCCGCCUCUACAACACCGGCGUCCCCCUGCCCAAGGCAUAUGGUGCCUUCAAGAACUGGUGCGUCAACAUCGAGGCCAAUGCCUUGCGCGAUCAGCGGCGUAAGGCAUCCUAUGCGCACUCAACUCCGCGGCCCCCACCCCAAUUCCGCCCUCAGGCUGCACCAUCAGCACCUGCACCCGCUCCGGCCCGACCAGCGGCCAAUGAGCCGGUUCCGAUGGAGAUCGAUCGCACCCACGCCCGUGGCCGCAAUAUCAUCUGCUACAACUGUCAGCAGCCUGGGCACAUUGCGCGGAACUGCCCUGAGCCCAAGAAGAAGCGCACGUUCUUCAAUCGGGCCACAAUGCUAGAAGAGAUCGAGAACGGGGACAAGGACAACGAGUUCCUGAAGGAGAUCGCCGAGAAGCUGCGCGAGAAGGGUUUUUGA